UGGGGUCUGGGCUCUAGUGUGUAGUGUCAUUAACAACUCAAUAACUCUUGCAUUUUGGGAUUUGCUAUAUUGUCAAUGUAAACUUUUAAACCGGCUUAAUUUCAUUAUUUGUGUUGAUAAUUAAUUAAACAGUUUUAUUCGCAUACAAGUAAUAAUCUUUCAUAAUGGCAUCGAAAAAUAAGUCUCGAACAGUGGAAAAGAGUAACGGAGGCACGUUUAUUUUAUUACAAUUUCAACUAGGUUCUUAAGUGAUUGGUUUAUUAUUAGAGAUAAUGGCAUUCAGUGAGGGUUCAAUCAGAAAUAAUGCAAUGGUAGUUGAAUACUGUCGAACAUCUAUGGCUGCUUUAGGAGGAGGUACUGCUGGGAUUUUAGGCCUUACAAGUCUAUACGGCUUUGCAUUUUACAUAUUUUGUGCGGUUUCUAUAUGGCUUCUUCUAUUGCUGAAAGCAGGACCACAUUGGGAGAAAUAUUUUACUAGUAGAAGUUCACUUCUAUCUAGUGGAUUAAGUGGUGGCCUAAUUACAUAUGUUCUUUUCUGGACAUUUAUCUAUGGAAUGGUGCACGUCUAUUAGGACACAUCUACACAACUGGUCCCGUCAUUCCCAUUCUUCAUCUAGCAUAUUCCCCCUACCAAGCAUUGCUUUUUUUCUUUCUAUUUGGUUAUUGAUUUGAUCAUUAGAAGUAAUAAAAAUUGCGCUUCAAUGAAGCGAAUGUGUGUGAAAA